AUGCACUCGUACCACGGCCAGUCGCCGGCCACUCACCAGUCGCCAUGGAGCCUUGUGCUGCCCACGCAGAAAACUGGUGAUGAGCAGCCCAUGCAUGGGGACACCGGAUGCUGCGGCGCCGGGGCACAGACACGGGCCACGGGGAGCUGCCGGAGGAAGAGGAGGCGGGGCGCCAGGCCGUCGUCAUCCUACGAUCCGUCCGUCUACCGGUAG